AAUCUGUAGAAAAAUUGAUGCUUGGCAAAAGGCCAACAUUGAAGAGAAUUGCCUAAUCAUAUUAAAGCAAUGUUUUUAGCUGUGGGCGCAACUUAUAUAGGUUGCAUUUGACUCUAGGGGGAAGUUAAACAAAGGACAUAGUAUGCUCUCUGGUAUAACGGACCUCACCCUGCACGGUGAUGAAUAAAGAGGGAGGGAAGAGAUUUUGAUCACAUGGCCACGAAGUCAUUCUGAAAGUAUGCUGGUAGGGUAUAGCCCACAGAAGCAUAAACGCCCUUCAGAGCGAGCAGUUGUGUCCACGCGACAUCCAUCACUUUUCAGAGCUUUUGGCUUUGAGUCAGUCGGCAGCGUCGGGCUGGUAGAUACAAACAAGAGACGAGAGGGUGACGAAAGCAAAAAAAAAAUGGCGAAUCAAACCGAAAAUUCGUCCCCCACUGAGAUGAGCACCACACCAACGUCAUUCAACAUUUCCAGCACUAUGGUCAACUUCACUUCAACACUCUCCUCCAACCUCACUUCAACAGCCACCUCCACCUCUGCAUUAGAAGUAAUAGCAGCCAAUGACAUCAUCUCCAGAGCAAACUAUGUCUACGGCAUCUUUGCAGCUCUGGGUUUCAUCGCCGGCUGCUUCCUGCUCUACAGCUUCAUCCAGUCCUACAGAGCUCACAGAGAGCUGGCCUGGCUCGACUGCCUGCUCUGGGCCUUCUGUGGCAUCCAGCUGCUGCUCCUUCUUCUCUCUCUCUACGCCGUGGCCCACCGACCUAAAUACCUUUGUACCACAGCUUUGGGCUGUGCCGCGCUCUCCUUCACGAUCAACACAGCUUGUCUAUGUGGCCUGUUUGUCUUAGUGCUCAUGGCUUACGUCCUAACGCUUGAUCCACCGUCCCAUGCCCUGCUGAGGAAGCCUGGGGUCUGUGCUGCUCUGGUGAUCCUGAUCUCUGUUGUGAUCGCUCUGGUGCUGGCCGGGAUUCGAGGACCGAACAAUGGGUUGAAAGUUCAUGGCGAGUGUUUCAUGGAUGGGGUCCAUCCUGGUGCUGCGUAUGCAGCAGCUAAGAUGUUUCUGGGUCUUCUGAUUCCCUACACUCUCCAGCUGGGUCUUCUCAUAUGUGGAUGCAUCCGGCAGUGGAAAUCUAAAGGACGCUUCCUCUCCGGGUCUGAGGCAGGUCCCGUCUUCCUGACAGUCACUGCAGUGAUGUUUUUCUGCCAGCUCUUCUACCGAGUGGUGCUGGUAAGAGAAGCCCAGCUACAGUCAGUGGGCGUCAAUAAGCGGGUGUUUCUGAGAGUGGCAGAGUUUGUAUUCUUCUCAGGAAGCAGCGCCAGCCUACUGCUCGUGCUGUUCAUGCAUAGGCCAUGUCGAGAGAGUCUCCACAGAGUGUUUAGGCAACUGAAGGAGUGCUGUCGAAGCCCAGGGCGCACGCAGCCCAACAGGAACAUCAUAACUCCCCAAAUUGAAAUCACAGACACUCUACAGGAUAUUGAGUCAUAGAGGAAACAAACUCUCUCUGCGAGGACAAAACUCUUGAUGAUGCAUCUCAUCAACUUCUAAAAUGCUUUUGCUGUUCAUCACCUACAAAUGCCUAUAUCAUUUUUUCUUAAAACAUAAAUGUAUUGUUUUGUCUAGCAUCGCCAGUAACUGAAAAUGCACAAGCUAUAAGCUAUUUU